AUGUUUGACAUAACAAAUGCGAACGUUGGUCAUACUCGUAAAGCUCUUUCUCAUGAUGUUCGUCAAGAGAUGUUUGAACUUACGAACUCAAACGUUGGUGAAACACGAAAGAGAGAUGACACACUGAAACAACAGAGAAGAGAGAUGUUUAAAAGAGCUAUAGAACAAGUUCGUAAAGCUAACGAUGUCAUUCGUUCCAUUGACGACAAACCAAAAGAAGGUGAGAGAUGGUUAAAGAAAGAUGAAGAGAAUAGGAAGAGAAAUGUGAAGUCAGGCAAUAGACUCAUUGACUUUAACAUCGAAGCUUUAGAUGAACCAAACAGAGACUACUUACACAAACAUUUCGGUAAGGUUUUCAUGAGACUCUUAGAGAAAAUUAAAAUAAACUCACAACAGAGAUGGAUGGUAUGUUAUAAACUUGGUGGAAAGUAUGAAUGUUCUACGUUAAACCUCAAUAAUAUUGGAACAUUACUACAUCAGCUCUUGAAGGAGAACUUUAUAUCAGAGAUAGAAGCAAAUGCUGCAGGUAUUGUUGAAAUGCACUAUGACUUCUUCUUGACAAACAUAAAGAAUCUUACUGAAAUAAAGAUGUAUGAUUUAACAGAAUAUGAAGGCUUAACGAUGUCAGAUGUAAAGAAAGGCAAACCAAAAAAGAGACCAUAUAGAGAUGAAAGCACACUGACAAAUGACCAGAAAGCCAUUUUGGAAGCUCUUAAGCAAACAGGAAACCCAGCACUUAUAGAAAGCUUUUGGAAAGAUAAUGGUGAAAAGAA